AUGGCGGCUAGUAUAGUUGGGGUGUUAGAUGAUGAUUUAAGAAAUGCAAUUAUUAACAGUAAAGUUCUUGUUGUUGGCGCCGGGGGAAUCGGAUGUGAAUUGUUAAAAAAUUUAGUACUUUCAGGAUUCAAUGAUAUUGAAGUAAUCGAUCUUGAUACCAUCGACGUUUCAAAUCUAAACAGGCAAUUCUUAUUUCACAAACAACAUGUUGGGAAAUCAAAAGCAGCAGUUGCUAAAGAAAGUGCUUUACAAUUUAACCCCAAAGUUUCUAUUAAACAUUAUCAUGACAGUAUUAUCAGCACUGAUUAUAAUAUAAAUUUUUUCAAAAAAUUUUCAUUGGUAAUGAAUGCAUUAGAUAAUCGUGCUGCCAGAAAUCAUGUCAAUAGAAUGUGUUUAGCAGCCGAUGUUCCUUUAAUUGAAAGUGGCACUGCUGGUUAUGAUGGCCAAGUUGAAUUAAUAAAAAAGGGUAUGACUAGGUGCUAUGAAUGUGAACCGAAAGCAGCCCAAAAAACAUACCCAGGGUGCACCAUCAGAAAUACUCCAUCUGAGCCCAUACACUGUAUUGUAUGGUCAAAACAUCUCUUUAAUCAGUUAUUCGGAGAAGCAGAUGCUGAUCAAGAUGUAUCACCUGAUACAGAAGACCCUGAAGCAGCUGCAGAUGCUGGAGAAAAUGCUUUAAAAAGUAAAGCAAACACCAUUAAAGAAUCCAAUGGUAAUGUUGAAAGAAAAUCUACUCGCCACUGGGCUCAAGAAUGUGAUUAUGAUCCAAAAAAAUUAUUUGGGAAAUUUUUUAGAGAUGAUAUUAAAUACCUUCUUAGCAUGGAUAAACUUUGGACUAAAAGAAGACCACCCACUCCUUUAAAUUGGGAAGAACUUCCAGAUGCAGUUGCUGGAACUAGUCAAUCGGAAGAUCCAGGACUAAAAGAUUUAAAAAUUUGGAGUAUAGCAGAAUGUGCAAAAAUAUUUGCAGUUAGUGUUGAAAAAUUAAAAAUAGAAUUAAAGAAAUUAGCAGAAGGAGAUCAUUUAAUUUGGGACAAAGAUAACAAAGAAGCUAUGGAUUUUGUUGCUGCAUGUGCCAAUAUUAGGGCUCACAUAUUUGGGAUACCUCAAAAAACUCGUUUCGAUGUGAAAUCAAUGGCGGGAAACAUAAUACCAGCUAUAGCUACCACCAAUGCAAUUAUUGCUGGAGUCGUCGUUUUGCAAGCUUUCAGAGUUCUUCAAAAUCAGUUAUCUAAAUGUCAAACCGUGUAUUUAAGGCUAAAACCUAAUCACAGAAAACAAAUACUUGUGCCCGAAAAAUACUUGAUACCUCCGAAAAAAAACUGUUACAUUUGUUCAGAAAAACCGGAGGUCACGCUGUUGGCAAAUGUUAAUAAAAUGACAGUUAAAGAGUUGGAGGAAGCAGUUUUGAAAAAAGCUCUAAACAUGGCUGCUCCCGAUGUAAUUUUAGAUUCAACAGGAAUGGUUGUUAUUUCUAGCGAAGAAGAUGAGAUUGAAAAAUGUGAUGAAAAAGUAUUAAGUGAAUUGGGAAUCAAAGAUGGUUGUUUACUUAAAGUCGAUGAUUUUCUACAAAAUUACGAAUUGACCGUUUACGUUAAUCAUUACGAAGCACCUAAAGAUGAACCAGAUUUUAAAAUUAUUGCAGAUCCUUCUCAGUUAAAACCAAAAGAAGAAAAAGAAAAGGAAGAAAAAUCCAAUAAUGUCAAAAACGAUUUCAGUUCAUCGGGUAAGAAAAGAAAAUUGGAUGAAAAAAGUUUAAAAACAACAAAAACUCCUCCCCCGAAGAAAAAGGGAAAAUCCGUGGAAGAAGAUGAACCAUUUCGGGAUGACAAUGAUAUUGACCUUAUAGAAUUGUAA